GUAUAGUAAUUGACUCCUUCAAUAAAACAACUAAUAACAUUUCCUUUUAUAAUUCUCUAUCUCUUAUCUUCUCUCAUUGUCAUGCCUGUUGACUUUUGUAUCUCUGUUUCUCUUUUCUUAAAACUUCUUAUGCGUGUUUCAUCUGUCUUUUGUCCUGUAAAAUGACGGUUAUAAUUAAUAAAAGCUCAUGUGACAUUUUCCAUGCUGCUGAGUAUUGAAGGUUGAACAAAGUUUUCAAAGAUCUCGCCGUAAGGAGUUUUCUGAGGCCAAGUUGUUUGCUUGUUUUUUAAUCCAGUUGGUAGGAGGAAACUCGACCAGUCUGUUCAAGAUGCUCCUCCAGUGCAGGCAAUCCCUCAUCUGCCUGGCAUGGCUCCUUCCAGCUUUAGCUGUUGCCCUGGACCUGAAUGAGAUUGACAAAUCGCUCAACCCACGACUGGUGGGAAUGAUUUUCAACUUGUACAGACCACAUGCCAGCACCAAGAAGCCGCCCAUCAUUGUUGACUGCGACCAUCCGGGGAUCCUGUGCCAGUUUGGCAGCAAACCUCUGGUUGCCAGGCCGAUCAGUGAGUGCAACUGCAAGGGCGAAGUGCCAAUUGUCACCGGACUCGAACCGGAGAAAGAGAGCAACGGAGAGCAGACAGAAAAUGAAGGAGGAGAGGCAGUAUCUCCAAAAUCGCCUGGAGCAAGCACCGAUGUGCCGAUCUACAAGGGAAUAGUUUCGAAUAUGGAGGCAGUUCUUGAGUCGGGAGCCGCAUCUGCAAGUCUGCAGUACAAGCCUUCGGUAAUGGGGCCGCCAAACAAGUGGAGCCCCUCCACUUCUGAAGAUCUGUACCAGAAGCGGUUGGGAGAGCUUCCCAAAAAGUACGCAUCCUACUAUCCGUUUUCCAAGCCAGUUCUAAUCGAUGAUCCUGAUGAGUUUGAUCCAGAUUUCGACCAAGGUCCACCCUUCCCCUUCUUCCCCGAAAUGUUCGGACCACAUCACAAAGGAUCUCAUCAUCAGUUUCAUCCGUACAAGAAGCAGAAUGGUCCAGCAUCCAAACCUCAGACAAGCUGGAGACAGACUGCUAAGCCGACAUCAGUCACGUCAACAACGAAAAAAGCCGUAAAGGUUGAACCUACCACACCCACCCCACUAUCCAAAGCUAGUGAUAAGGAUUCCACAAAAAAGACGUAGUACCUGAAUUAUUUUCAAGUUUAUCAGAAUUUCUAAUUUAUUUUCAUAAUGAAAAUUCAAGACUUUUGAAAGCUCAAUCAAAAUUAUAACAUAAUUUUCCAGAUAAAAUUUUGUGUGAAAAUAUUUUAGUCUUCUUGUAAUUAAUAAAGAAAACAUUUGUUAAUGGAAUCAAUAUUUGUACAAUUAAAUAAAACUUUAUAACGUCAAAAUGAAUCUAUGAAUUUAUCUUCACUCAGUAACCAUCGGGGACUAAACCAUCAUCUUUGCGAGGAUAGGAUUAUUUGAUUUUGAUAUAGCAUUUUUUUUUAUGAUUAUUUUAUUUUCAGUAAUCAUUGUUGCUGAUAUGUUAUACUUAAAAUAUCCUACCUAAAUACCUAGGUGCUCCUAGUAGAAUAGUAUAAUUCCUUCGAGAUUAAAUGGAAAAAUUAAAAAAAAAAACGAAAUUUUAGGGGUUUUUGGGGGUGAAGCCGCCCUCUGGCGUGUCAGCAAAUUUCAGAUUCGUAUUCAGCUCCCCAAAAUACAUAUAGAACCGUCGAGAAAAAUUCUUUCGGGGCUGUUUCCUGAAAAACGACCAUUUGACGAUCAUACGGCUCAGACUAUUAUACCAGAAACAAAUAUAAUACAAGUAGUAUUGAACGGAUCUUUAAUAUUUGUCUGUAAUCUCUUUCUCAAGUUAUUUGAUAUGAACAAGAUUUCCUUCAAAUUUCAUGAACUAUAAUUAUUUGUAUUCUUGCGUUCAUGGAAAAUCCAUUAACUUAUCUAUUAUUGCGCUAUAAUUUAACUUAUGUUGUAGACACCUUUUGAGUAGGUAGGAAUAAUGUAAUAUUGAACAGAAUUAUCUUCUAAUUAUUGUGAAUGAAAAUAAACUAUCUUAUCACAGCA